AUGGCUCCACCGAACAAGAACCAAACUAGCUCCCUGGCCACUUCCGCAACGAGUAGCAGCAGGCUGCGAGAUAUUUUGAACCGGACACUCUCCUCACGCAGAAUUCACAAGAAGUCGGGCGUCAUCAAGAAAUACCGGUGUUUACCAGGAGCUCCCAGCCUUCCUGUCCCGAGGAAGGAUUCGUGGCAGGCGCAGCGCGUGCAGCAGGAUCUCCAAGAGCACGAUGCAGCGAUAGAUCCUAACGCAGUCUGGAAGGGUUAUGUAGUCGCCCGGCCUCUCUAA